AUGAAAUUACUCAAACCAGAAAAAAAUGCCGGCGUUAUUGAAUUACAUAAAAUCCUGGAUCAUGGUUUUGCUGAAGACUACAUUACGUUGUCAUAUUCAACAAAAGAACAAACAGCACCGUAUUACAUGCUGCAACAACUAAUUAACAACAAAUUUAUUCCAACACACUCAUCAAUUGUAAAUACAAAGUCCGACACCAUCUCUCAUAAUUUUGUAGACCACGCUGAUUUUAAAUCACAAAAUAGCGAUGAUGAUAGUUAUUAUGCGGAAUGUGAUAUAUUUGAUGAGGAUAUUCAAGAAUUGAAAAAAUUGUUUUUUCAGGCGUUAGGUAGUCGCAAAUUAGUACCUCGAACUUUCUUUUUCACAUAUCUUCGUGAUGCUUUUUCACAAUUAAUUUGCAAAGACAGUAGAGGCCAUAGAUGGAGCCCAUCUGUUCUUUGUUUUGCUCAAGAUUUAUUGGUUAUCAUGGGAUACAAUGCGUAUGAAGCAUUGGCGAGAGGGUUGAAACGAGGACAAGAAUUUGAACCCUCUUCUGAAAGAUGUAACUUAGUCCUCCUUGUUCAUCCACUCUCGACCAUCUUUUUCACACCGCAUCAUAUGGAGAAGGGAAUACUAAACUAG